ACAAGAAAACUAAGAAGAGAGGUAAACCAUAAACCGGACGCGGCGUCAAUUUCUGCCAUCCUCUCUGUUUCUUUAUCUCCGAAUCGACUCCUCGCAAGGAAUGCGCUCAAAGGACAGAAUUUCGUACUUUUAUGAUGGGGAUGUGGGAAGCGUUUACUUUGGGCCUAAUCAUCCAAUGAAACCUCAUCGACUUUGUAUGACCCAUCAUCUUGUUCUCUCCUAUGAGCUUCAUAAGAAGAUGGAAAUUUAUAUCUUGAGGUCUAAAAGCUCCUAUUUCUUACCCACGUUUCUCUGGGUGUUAGGCUUCUGUCAAAAUAACCUUGGAGAAGAUUGCCCUGUUUUUGAAAAUUUAUUUGAAUUUUGUCAAAUUUAUGCUGGUGGAACAAUAGAUGCUGCCUGCAGAUUAAACAACCAACUAUGUGACAUUGCUAUAAACUGGGCUGGUGGAUUACAUCAUGCCAAGAAGUGUGAGGCAUCUGGAUUUUGUUAUAUUAAUGACUUGGUCUUGGGGAUUUUGGAGCUCUUGAAGUAUCACACCCGAGUUUUGUACAUCGAUAUAGAUGUACAUCAUGGUGAUGGGGUUGAAGAGGCUUUUUAUUUCACUGACAGGUAGUGCAACCUUCUCAUAA